CUAAAAAAACCCAACAUGGCUGACGGCGUGAACGCAUUGCCAUUCUUCUAUGGCAACAUCACCAGGGAAGAGGCGGAGGACUACCUGCGGCAGACAGGCUUGAGCAACGGCCUGUACCUGUUACGGCAAAGCCGAAAUUAUCUCGGAGGCUUCGCUUUGUCCGUUUCAAACGCAGGUCGUAUCUACCACUACACAAUCGAAAGAAAACCCAACGACACGUAUGCCAUAGCUGGUGGGAAGAGUUACCGAAUCCCCAUGGAUGUGGUCGACUAUCACUCCCAGGAGAUGGACGGUUUGGUGUGUCUGCUGAAGAAACCCUGCAAUCGGCCCAAGAACAUGCAGCCAAAGGUGGGGCCGUUUGAGGACUUGAAGGAAAAACUCAUCCGGGAGUACGUGAAGCAGACCUGGAACUUGCAGGGAGCAGCCCUGGAACAGGCCAUCAUCAGCCAGAGGCCUCAACUCGAGAAACUAAUCUCCACCACCGCUCAUGAACGAAUGCCCUGGUUCCACGGAGCCAUAACGCGAGAGGACUCGGAGGCCAGGCUUCAGGGUGGCCCUCGUGUAAAUGGAAAAUUCCUGCUCCGAGAGCGAAAUCAGAACGGAUCGUACGCUCUGUGUUUAUUACACGAAGGCCAAGUGAUGCACUAUCGCAUUGACAGAGACAACCACAGCAAGCUGUCCAUCCCAGACGGGAAGAAGUUUGACACCCUGUGGCAGCUGGUGGAGCACUACUCGUACAAACCCGACGGCUUGUUACGGGUACUCACAGAGUCCAGUCCAAGACCUGAUGGAGACAAUGUGCGGAUAGGACGACCAUUACCUCCGCUGAACCCUCCUGGAUCCUUUUCUCCCAUUCAACAAGCAGCAGAUGUAAUCAUCGGUAUCUUUAAAGGUCACCCCAUAGUUAAAAGAAAAAAGAGUGGUGAAUCUCAACAGGACCCAGAUAACCCCAAUCCUUAUGCAACCCGGGUGGCCGGAAAUCAAGCAGCCAGUAAAGAGGCGAUGCCCAUGGACACAGAGGUGUACGAGAGUCCCUACGCAGAUCCAGAUGAGAUGAGGAGCUCCACCGUGGAUCGCACGCAGCUCAUUCUGGAGGACGGAGUACUGGGCUCGGGCAACUUUGGCACCGUCAUGAAAGGAAUCUACAAGAUGAGAAAAACAGAGAAACAGGUCGCCGUUAAAAUUCUGAAGAACGAUGAGAACAACCCGGCCGUGCGCGAGGAAAUGCUGCGGGAAGCCAACGUCAUGCAGCAGCUGGACAACCCCUACAUCGUUCGGAUGAUUGGGAUCUGUGAAGCAGAGCAACUCAUGCUGGUGAUGGAACUGGCUGAGUUGGGUCCGCUCAACAAGUUCCUGCAGAAAAACAAGAGCACGUCCAUCAGAAACAUCACAGAGCUGGUUCAUCAGGUCUCCAUGGGGAUGAAGUACCUGGAGGAGAAUAACUUCGUGCACAGAGACCUCGCAGCCAGGAACGUCCUGCUGGUCACGCAGCACUAUGCAAAGAUCAGCGACUUUGGCCUCUCUAAGGCCGUUGCAGAGGAGCAGAACUACUACAAGGCUAAAGGUCAUGGGAAGUGGCCCGUGAAAUGGUACGCUCCUGAGUGCAUAAACUACUACAAGUUUUCAUCCAAAAGUGACGUGUGGAGCUUUGGCGUGCUCAUGUGGGAGGCGUUUUCCUACGGCCAAAAACCAUACAAGGGGAUGAAAGGAAACGACGUUAUGCAAAUGAUUGAGAGUGGGAAACGCAUGGACUGCCCAGUGAACUGCCCACCAGAGAUGUCUGACGUCAUGGCAGCAUGUUGGACGUACAAGGUGGAAGAAAGGCCUUCGUUUACUGUCGUCGAGCCAAGACUACGAGAGUAUUACUAUGACAUCUCUACACACUGAUUCU